AUGCUAUUCUCUUCCUCUUCCAUCCAGGCACUUGCGGCCCUUGCCGGCCUCAUUGGCUCUGCUCACGGCGCUGCCAUUGACACUGUGAAGCGUGCUUCGGCAGGAUGCUCGAGAACUCAUGAUUGGGCCGGCCAAACAAAAGAGUUCAGCUUUGCUAGCAGCGGGGGCACUCGCAGCUACAGAAUCCAUCUCCCUUCGAACUAUCAGCCAGGCUCUCCCAAACCCCUAAUCAUUGCCUACCACGGCUCUGGCGAUAACCCGGCCAACUUUGAAAAGACGACCCGCUUCUCUGAUCCCUCUGUCAACCCGAAUAUGAUUGUUGUUUACCCGGCCGGCAUCAACGGAAACUGGCAAGGCCCGACGUAUGCGACACCGGGCGUCAGCGACAAGGUCUUCACCACGGAUCUGGUCAACCGCAUCAAGGACAACUACUGCGUUGACGAGGCCCGCGUCUACGCCACCGGCCACUCCAACGGCGGAGGAUUCGUCAACACUCUUGCCUGCAGCCCUGACCACGGCGGCCAGUUUGCGGCUUUUGCCCCCGUGUCGGGCGCCAUGUACACCGACGUCAACGGCAACGACAACUGCCAUCCUGCCCGCUCCCCGUUGCCCAUGUUCGAGACUCACGGAACUGCCGAUACGACAAUUCCGUACAACCCUACGGGACCGGGACGUGGUGGCCCGUUGCCUUCGAUUCCUGACUGGUUAUCGCGGUGGCAGGGACGAAACCAGUGCACCACUUCCACAACGACUGAUUUGGCCGCUGGGGUUCAUGAUACGAGGUGGAAGUGUGCGGGCAUUGACAGCUUGCUGCGCCAUGUCAAGAUUGAUGGAGCCGGCCAUGCGUGGCCUGGCCCUGGCUCGCAGAUUGACAUUUCUCCUCAGGUGAUUCAGUUCCUUUCCGUCAACUUCAAGCCAUAA